AUGGCAUCGGCAUACCCACCUCUGGACAUGGAAGAGGUCGAGCAGACAUCUUCUCCCCUCGCCGGCCCUGGAACAACACGAGCAAACCGACGACUGCAACUACGAAAGAAUGGCUUCCGAGGCCGUGUCCUGCCCAAUCGCAACAUUACUCCCAAACGCAGGACUUCGGAUGCUUGGUCCUCGCCUGUGAACCAAGACAGCACACCCACUUCAGACCUACCACAGCCAGAAUCGACCAAGACACAUCUGGGUGCACGAGGGAGGAGGUCGUCGAGUAUACUGCAAGAAAUCAGCAACUCGAGUUUGCGACGGAAAGAAGCCCAGAACAAGCACGACUCGGUCCUUUCUGUCUUUACAGAUGAAAACGGAGACGAGAAGCCAUGGAGUUUCGAGUCAUCACCAGCAUGCCUCCCACCCGAAGCGCCCAACCUAACAAAAUCGAGAAAGAAGCAUCAACGUACCCAGUCUUACAAGAGCAACCCAGACUCGGACCAAGCCGAUCAACACAUUGCAUACCUCGAGUCCGAACUCGCCGCCUACCAAACUCAGCUGGCCUCGUUGACUUCCCCAUCAGUAGCAAAAGAGAAGGGCCAGAAGAUACGUUUAUUGAACCAAGACAUCCGAAGACUACAGGAAGAAAACUCUCGCUGGGAGGCCGAAUUCGAUGAGAGGGUGCUACAGGUCAUGGAACAACAUGAUGGCGUCGAAUACAACCUGCGCGCUAGGAUCAACACGUUGGAAGUAGACAGUGACAACUACUUGCAGAAAGUAAAAGAACUCCAAGCUCAACUCGAUGCUACCAGGAAGGCUUUGGAUAUUGCUGAAGCUGCCAACGUCGAGUUUGAAAAGAGAUUGGAGACUUUUGCACAUCUACUCGUCACUUCACCCAUCAAGUCCGAGACGCCCCUGGCUCAACCUCCUUUUAUCAAAGAGUCGAGAAGUACGAGACAGAAGAGAUUGUCGUUUCACCGCUUCCCUACUGCUGGGUCUUUGCAUCAACAAGCAAAUAUGCCUGAACAGCAUGAAGUCGACGAACAAAGACCACACAGCGAAGGUGCUGUACAAGAUCAUUUUGACAAUGCUGUCAGUGAUGCCGAAUGGGACGCUUCUAAGCGAGAGUCCUUCAUCAGUGACGCCUCUCGCAACAGCAUCGACUUUAGCCUCUUCAUGAACCAGGAACCCCCACCAUCAUCUUCACGCACUCGUCCGAAUCGGCGAAUGCGAAGAUUCCACGGUGGUUCUCAUCUUCCCAAACCUUUGAUUUUGUCAGCCGCUCAAUUGGCACCAAUCGUUGCCACGGCUCCUGCCUACGAACCUCACGACUCUCCUCGCGCUUUUCCUUUUCCUGAUGUCCCUGUUGCGCAAAGGAGAGCUAGUUGCCAUGAAUUCAGUCCCAUCACCGGACGCCGGCGAGCAAAGACUAAUACGGAUGGGCUGGACCUAUCAUCGCUUCAACCUUUCUCUGCCAAAGAGUCUCCACUUCCACUUGCAUCACUCGAACCGCAAGAAGACAAAACUCCCACACCACAACGGACAAUCACCGAAUCUCUUACCGAGUCAGCAGAAUAUCCAUCCAUAGGUCCCAAUCUAGGCAGAAACCUGCUUGAAGAACUUCACGCCGCUAGAAUCGACGACGACGCACAGACAACUUCAUCAGGACCUACACCCUUUGCCACACUUAACGCCAGACCAGCAGAACUGCUUUUCAUUUCUCACAGCACUUCCGUUCAGAGGAGUGUUUCUGGUGCACUACGGCUUAGACACCAACGAAGCAUGUCCGAGGCCACAGGUCUAUCAAUGUAUCCCUCUUCGCGACAAGCAUCUUCCGCCUACCCACCAACCUCUACUCCAAAAUCCAACAGCAUCGUGGAUAAAGUGAGACAAUUGCUACGCCAACCAUUCAAGAUCGCACGCAGAUGUGUAGCAAGAGCCCACCAAGCCUUUUUGCUGUCUAGGACUCUAAAUCGCUUCCAAUGGAUGUUGUUGCAUGCACUUCUGGGACCCAUGGCAACAAGAAGACUCAUGGCUUGUUCGUUGCAUGAAAAUACCAUUUUGAUGCAAGCGCCUUACCGCACCAACACCAGCACUUCCAGAUCUUCUUCUGCUUCUUCGUCGACGUCCUCGAGGACUCGAGAUGACGAAGGCUUUGAAGCCGACUUUGAAGAUGUAGAACUAAGUCCUUGUCCCCCAUUACGCCAACCUCGUCGUCGUGUUUCGCCUUCCUCCUCUUCCUCGGCGUGUGUCUUUGAAACUAGAUUAAAGAGACAUGACGACAGAAUCCAGAAACGGAGGACAAGGAGUAAAACCGAGGAAAGAGACAAUGCACCCAUGUUGAGUCGACAUUCUCCUUGGUUGUGGAUUAGAUUUUCACUUACUUUGGCUUUUGCUAUUGCUGCGGCUGUCAAGGAGGGACCUGGGGCGCUGAUGAUGGAGUGUGAGGGUGAUGGUGAGGGAGCUAGAAAGUGUGGCUGUUUGAAGUGUCUAGGACGGGAAAUGAGGGAGUGUCGGGAUUGA